GAAGUUCUGGAAGUCCAUAAGUUUGAGUCAGCUGACGUUUAACUUUCCCCCUUCUGACUAAGUCCCUCCGACGGAUGUGAUGAGGAAACUUUCGCCGUAGGAAAACUCAUUUUAUAUCGAAACUGGUUAUUUUGGGAAAAGUUGUCAUUGAAAUGUUACAAAUAGUUAUCGUAAUUAUCAAGACGUUUGGCGGUUUUAACGACUUUCCUGCUUGAAGGUUGGUCAUCUCCUGUCUAAUCCAGAACAUCUUUCAUCAUGGGUGACUGGAGCGCACUGGGGAAACUUCUUGACAAGGUCCAGGCGUACUCCACGGCAGGAGGCAAAGUCUGGCUCUCCAUCCUCUUCAUCUUCCGGAUCCUGGUGUUGGGGACGGCGGUGGAGUCUGCCUGGGGAGACGAGCAGUCGGCGUUCAAGUGCAACACGCUGCAGCCCGGCUGCAAGAAUGUGUGCUACGACAAGUCGUUCCCCAUCUCCCAUGUGCGCUUCUGGGUGCUGCAGAUCAUAUUUGUGUCCAUGCCGACCCUCCUGUACCUCAGCCAUGUCGUGUUCCUUAUGCACAAGGAGGAGAAAUUGAAUAAAAAGGAGGAGAAAUUAAGAGAAAUCCAGAGCAAAGGAGGAGAUGUGGAUGUGCUGUUGAGGAAAAUUGAAAUGAAGAAAUUCAAGUAUGGCCUGGAAGAUCACGGGAAGAUCAAAAUGAGAGGAGGGAUAUUUUACACAUAUAUAGUGAGCAUUGUGUUGAAGUCCAUAUUUGAAGUUGUUUUCCUGUUGAUUCAGUGGCACCUUUAUGGAUUCACGCUGUCGACCGUUUAUACAUGUCAAAAGUUCCCUUGUCCACAUAAAGUAGACUGCUUUUUGUCUCGUCCCACCGAGAAGACGGUUUUUAUCAUCUUUAUGUUGGUUGUUUCACUUGUCUCUCUGGCCCUCAAUGUCUUUGAGCUUUUUUAUGUGAUUUUCAAGAGGAUGAAGGACCGAUUCAAAGAGUCGCAGAAAAACUUUGAAAGCACCUGUAAUAUCAAGCCCUGCCCAAGGAACCUGUCCAGUUAUGGGUAUUACAACGACUGCUCAGCCCCCGUCCCUAAUCUGGGCUAUAACCUAGAUACGGGCGAUAGGUCCAACUCCUCUGACAAUUAUGACAAGCAGGCUAAUGAGCAGAACUGGACUAAUUACAGUACAGAACAGAACCAGCUGGGUCACACUCAGCGCUUUCCAUAUCCCGAGAAAGUGACUCUGGGGAAGGAUCUUCUGCUGCUCAAAGAGCUUGAACCUCGACCCAGUAGUCGAGCGAGCAGUCGGGCCAGGCCGGAUGAUCUUGACAUCUAGCAGAAGCCUCAAACACAGGUUCCAUGGACAAUUUCGAACUUUUACAAGCGGUGAACAUUAAAGCUGCAGUCCGUAACUUUUUUUGGUUAAAA